AUGAAUCGUUCUAUAAACUGGUCUGUAGCUGACAGAUUUGGUGUUUCAAUUUCUACGGCGUGGCAGUGCAUUAUUGAUGUUGGGAGUGUACUUUGUGAACGUGCACGUCAAUUCAUUCAGUGGCCAACGGGUCCUGAAAUUCGUCAAAAGGAACAAGAAUUUCGUCAAAUUAAAGGCUUUCCAGGAGCCAUUGGGGCCAUUGAUUGUUGCCAAGUGCAAAUAAGUGCGCCACAUGAUCAUCCCGACACCUACUUCAAUCGGAAGGGAUAUUAUUCUAUAAAUGUCCAGGCAAUUUGUGACGCUAACAUGAAGUUUACCGACAUUUAUGCAGCUUGUCCGGGAAGCGUAAAUGAUGCACGCGUAUGGGCAUUGAGCACUAUUAACGAAGAGGCUCAGCGAGAUAAAAAUCGUUAUUUCCCGGACCAAACGCACAUUAUCGCCCCCACAGCACCCAAAAUUUCUUGA